AGCUGUAACAUGCAUCAUCACACAGCUGGGGACGAUCCUGUUUUUCUGAAUUAGCAGUCUGAAGCUGCGUGGUUUCCACGGGACGCAGACCUGUGAUGUUUGUGUGAAACUGCAGGGUUCACACAAAGAGUGGAAAUGGGAGGUGGGAGCACAAACAAAGAGCUUUCCUGUUGUUUGGCAGGAAAGCCGACACGUCGUGCACAGCGCAGAGACAGGAGAGACAGCAGCAGGCGGACGACUGGGAUGUGAUCCGGACUUUUAGGGUUUCUUCUUUCGAUACGCGGUGUGUGUUUCUUUUACAGGAGGAGGGGGUGUGCUCACCAGCUCUCAUUCAAGUUUCUCAUUCCUGCUGAUGUUCCCGAGUCCUGGAUUACGUCUGUGAGGGAAGGACGAGGACCGAGAGGAGUGAAAGAAGGGAGAGACCGAGAGACUCCGAGUUUGUAGCUGCAGUAACAGCAGUGUUGAGGGAUCGGGACAUGGGACCGGCUGCCCCUCCGCUCGCUCUCAUGUGCUGGUGCGCUCUGGGUCUGUGCGUCCCCGCAGGAAUGGCCGCCUCCACACCAACACAGGCAUCCCUGCCAGAGGUGAAGAAGGCGAGAGGGGACGUUCCUGAUAUCCUUCCAGAGCCUGAACCGGAGCCAACCAGCCCAGUGUCAGACUUUGAAAACUCAUACAACUACGUCUUGUCCAGACUAGCUGGCAUGGACCAGGCGAUCCACAAGCUGAAUGUCGGUCACUACACUCUGGAUGUUAAAGUCAGCCAGCUGAUAGACCGUCUGUCCAGAAUGGACGCUAAAGUCGGGGAGCUGGAGGACAGCAUCCGGGAGGUCUACCAGCACAGCAAGGACAACCGCAAGGAGACAGGAAGACUGGAAGGUUGCCAGAAGGGACGCAGGAUAGGAUACAAAUGUUAUCUUGUGUACAACAGCUAUGAAGACUACGCCGGAGCGUCCAGGAAGUGCUUGGAACGUGGCGGCCGCAUGGCGAUGCCCCGAGACCGCAAGGAGCAGGAGGCCCUCGCCGACUACGUCAAGUCGUUCUUCCACCCCGGGAACUGGCCCGUCUGGCUGGGCAUCAACGACCUGCGGUCUGAAGGCAUGUACCUGUUCGAUGAUGGGACGCGGGUGUCGUACUUUCAGUGGCGCAAACACUUCCUGUCCAGCCAGCCGGACGGAGGCAGGCGGGAGAACUGUGUGGCAAUGUCGUCAGACGAUGGCGACUGGUGGGACCACUACUGCGAUCGGACCAUGAACUAUCUGUGCGAGUUUGACGACAGGGUGGCACUUUAAAACGAACUCUUUACGAGACUCUUUUACUGUCUCAGACCUUAAGCCUUGACCUCCAGGUCCACCACGUUUUCAGAUAACUUAUUUCCCUUUAAAGUCAUUUUAAACAUAUCAGGAUUGGUUGCAUCCAAAGGUGAGGAAGUCUUGAAUUAUCUAGCAUCAUUUCCAUACGCAGUUAGUGUAGCAGUGUUUAAAAAUAUGAAAAGAUUACACAGUAUUUUAGACUUUUCAAGUGAAACACAUUUCAAAUGCGCACAAAUUCUUGUAUUGGUAUUUAAGUUCUGAAUGUAACAAAUCAGACUUCAUCAGAUUAACAGAAUAAAUAUUAUGCUACUGUAUUCAUGCAGCCACAGUGAUAUGAAUGUAAACCAGUCAAAACUCUGCUGUGAUUUCACACCUGAAAUUCUGAAGUUUCCAAAAAAUAAAAAAGAAGAACAUGAAAA